AUGGGUCUCCUCUCGACAGUCCUUAGACGAUCUCACUUUCGUUUUCUCGGUCUUCUUUUUGUUCUCAUUUCAUGCUCUCUCCUCUUCCUCUCUUGGACCUCGAGCGAACGCCUAGAUUUUGAUUCUUCGUUCGGCGACCACGACGAUCUGCCACGACAUCGUUUCGCUUGGACAAAGCCCCCAUCGCGCCCAUGGAAACAUAACCACGCUGAUGGAGAGAAAUGGGAUAUCGCGGACACACCACCGGCGCAGCUGAACACGACUGAAGGCGUGUGGGAGGAUAGGGCGGAUAAAGUCAGACAGGCGUUCUUACACGCGUACCGGUCGUACGACGAAUGUGCGAGAGGUGCGGACGAGUUGUUGCCUCUCACCUGUACGGGGACCAAAAAUUUCAAUGGAUGGGGUGUGACUCUUGUUGAGGCUCUCGAUACGAUGUGGGUUAUGGGCCUCUACGACGAGUUCGGAGAUGCCUUGUCUGACGUUGCGCAGAUGGACUUCGGAAUGGCAGAGAACGAGCGCGCACCUUUCUUCGAAACCGUGAUUCGUUACCUUGGCGGCCUUCUCUCCGCCUACGCUCUCUCAGGCGAAGCCAUCUUCGUCGUCCGAGCCGACCGUCUUGGCGCGGCGCUCUUGCCCGCGUUCGACACUCCGUCUGGGUUCCCCACGUACAGCGUGAACACCGAAACCGGUGCAACUGGCUCAAGUUGGGUUCCCGGUGCUGCGUUUUGGGCGGAGGUCUUCUCUUGUCAAUUGGAGUAUAAAUAUUUGGCAUAUCUAACUGGAAAGAAAGAAUACUAUGAGCGUGCCGAGAAUCUCAUGCAGAGAUUGUAUACCGCCAAUACGGAUGGCACUGGUGGGCUCUAUCCCACCAAGUGGAAAACCUCCAGUGGGGAACCGAUGAACGAUCAGGUCUCCGUGGGAGCCUUGGCCGACAGCGGGUAUGAGUACCUCUUGAAACAGUAUCUUCUCUCUGGACGCACAGAUAUACAAGCUCGUGAUGCCUACAUAAGAUCCGCAAACCUCAUCAUCUCCAACCUCCUGUUCGUGACCCCCGACCGCGGCCUUCUCUACGUUACCGAUGCCAGUGGAAUCAAACAAAUUCCCUCGCACACAAUGGAACACCUCUCCUGUUUCCUCCCUGGACUCUUCGCCCUCGGCGUCCACACUCUGGGGGAUUUGCUCACCCCAGCGGAGAGGGAACUCCAUAUGUGGGCUGCUCGUGGAUUAGGUCAAACAUGCUAUAUCAUGUACGCGGACCAGCCUUCGGGUCUAGCGCCGGAAGAAAUCACGAUGAUGCCGUGGAUGGGGCCAUACAAUGCACACAGGACGGCCGAGGAUGUGAAGAUCGAGGGGUUAUGGAUGACUCAUCUGAAGAAAUGGCAAGCAGAAGGGGAGGGGGAAGAUCGGGAGAAUGUCGGUCAGGGUGGUGAUCCACCGGGAGUUCGAGAGGUCAACCCGAUCAAGGAGGCAGUGGGCAAUAUCAAUAUCAUGAAGUCAAGGGAGUACAGGAUAAAGAGGACUCCGUAUCUGUUGAGGCCGGAGACGGUGGAGAGCUUUCAUUUGCUUUGGACGGUUACCGGGGAUAGUGUGUGGAGAGAGAGGGGAUGGGAGGUGUUUGAGGCUAUUGAGAGGAACACGAAGGUGGAGAAGGGGUAUGCCAGUGUGGAUGACGUGACACGGCUGCCGACGAAGAAAAUGAACAUGAUGCCGAGUUUCUUCUUGGCCGAGACCCUUAAAUAUCUCUACCUCCUCUUCACCGAUGAAGAGAUCAUCCCGCUUGACCAAUGGGUCUUUAAUACAGAAGCACACCCUCUCCCUGUCUUUGAGUGGUCUAAUUGGGAGAAGAAGCACUAUGGGAUCCCCUAAACACAAUACCCACUUAGCCUCACUUCAUCUCGCACGUUCCAGUCAAAUUGAACAUAACAUCACACC